UGUGGACAAUACCAAGAAAAAUGGCACUGAAGAAGUUCUGAAUUAAGGAUACACAAGAUAGAGAGAGUCAGCAGAUUCGAAUAAAGAGAACCCUCAAGCAGAGAAUCUUGGCACUAAAUAAGACAACAGUACAUUUCCAAAAGAAGGAUCAUGAUUAUAGAAGCGCUCAUUUAAAGAAAAGAGUGUUUUCGUUCAGCCCUUCAUCUUACUCUCAUAAAAACAAAUUACAUAAGACACAGACAAGGAUGCUUAAAGACAAGAACCAUGGGACUCCUCAUAGAAGAAUAUGAUCUCCGGUUCCCCAAAGAAUUCAUAAGCUAAAAGUUCAUCCUCUUGAAGCCAAGAAGAAACCAACCAAUUUGAAGAUAUGUAGGAAAAUGAGGAAGACGCCUCUAGAGAAUCUAAAGGCAAGGAUACGAUCGUUAUCUCCUGAUAUUAAUAAAGUUGUCCAGUCAGCACUAAGCCACUCUAAUAAGCGAAGCAAAAGAGAUAAGAAGAGUAAGAAGAAGUUUAAGGGCAAGGAUUGUAGGAAAGGGAUAUCAACAGGAUUGAUCCCAAUAGAAGAAAACAUGAAGAAGGUCUUUGGAUAUGUCUCUAACAAAUUUGAAACCCUCCAUUCUAAGAUCACUGAUUUGAAAUCAAGCCCUGGUCUUUGACAGUCUUCUUAUAUCUUAAACCAAAAGUUGAUGAAACUUCAAUCUAGUAAAGAAAAAAUUUCGACGGAGGACCAAGUUCUCAGAGUUCACAGUAACAACUUCAUGAAUUAGGCUAGCUGUAAAAAAUUACCUUCAUCACUCGAGAGCCUUCUGUUAACUAAUUCAUUGAUAAAAAAUUG